AUUGUUUACUCAAAGCCAAGCCAAAUCAUUUCCUAGCUCUAAAGGCAACUCCCUCAGUAUUGGGUGCACUAUACUUCAAAAGAACAAUGGACCAUUUGCAGAUUGUCACUCGUAUAUUAAUCCUGAACCAUUUUUUCGAAGUUGUGUGGACACGUUUGUCAAUAAAUCUGACUCUUCUACGUGCAAGAUCUUGACAGCCUAUGCUAACAUCUGCCAAAGGCUCUCAGCCAGAGUCCAAAACUGGAGAACCAUCUCAAACUGCCCUAUGGAAUGUCCUGUGAAUGGCCACUAUGAGAUCUGUGGUUCUGCCUGCCCUGCUACCUGCAGUAAUCCAGAGGCCCACAGUAGCUGUGUGGAAUCAUGCCAAUGCAACAAGGGCUAUCUGCUGAGUGGUGGGGAGUGUUUACCGCAUAGCAAGUGUGGUUGUCUUCACCAAGGUUCCUACUAUCUCCCCAAGGAGAACUUCUGGAUUGACAAUUACUGCCUGAAGCAAUGUGUUUGCCAGCCUAGCUCCAAAAGGGUUAUGUGUGCUCAGUCUCAUUGCCAGGCUGGAGAAGUGUGCAAGGUUCUGAAUGGAGUCCUGGGCUGUCAUGUGGAUGGGCCUGGGGUGUGCAUAGUUAAAGGAGAUCAACAUUAUACCACCUUUGAUGGGCGUAACUUUGAUGUGUUUGGCAACUGUACUUACCUACUUACUUCUCACUGUCCCACUUGGGGGAGCUUGGAAGACUUUAGUGUAGAGGUCCAGAACCAGAUGGAGGAUCCUACAAAUCUUUCCUUUCGGCAUGUUAAAAUGGUGGUCUCAGGUUAUUCCAUUGAGAUGUCGAAUGAUCUGAGUAACAACGUUAUGGUAAAUGGUCUGCGACUGCAUCUUCCAUAUGUAUUGACCCAAGGCAAAGUAAAGCUCUACAUGACUGGACUCUCAAAGUGUACAGAGACUGACUUUGGCAUUGUUUUAACGUACACUGAUAUCAUGACCGUUAAAAUGCCAAGGAUCUUCUCUGAUAGUCUUUGUGGCCUGUGUGGGAACUUUAAUGCUGAUCCAAAAGAUGAUCUGAUACCUGAUGACAAAUCUGAUAUUUCUCAGGCCAUUAGACGCUGGCAAACGAACAGUGAUUAUGGAUGCACGGCUGUGCCUAUGAACACCUUGGUUUGCAAUUUACAAGAUAUGGCUCUUUAUGGGGGAAAGGAUUUCUGUGUAAGGUUACUGGAUACAGAAGGAGCAUUCCAGAGCUGCCACAAAACAGUUGAUCCAAAAGAGUUCUACGAUAACUGUGUUCAUGACCUCUGUUAUAGUAACCGGACUACCCUGUGUCAGAUUCUGUCCAACUAUGUUGCUGUAUGCCAAGAAAUGGGAGCUAUGGUGGAUGAAUGGAGGGCUUCUAACUUUUGUAAUCUCUCCUGCCCACCUAAUAGUGAAUACCACCUGUGCUCCAGUCACACGUUUGACUGUGUAGAAAACCCACGCCCUCUAGCAGUGAAAUGCAAAGAGGGUUGUUUCUGCAAACCUGGGUUAUUCAACAGUGGUGGGGAUUAUGUGAGAAAAUCUGAGUGUGGCUGCAUUUACAAUGAUGUUUACCAUAAAAUCCAAGAGAGAUUCUACCCUGAUGAGCACUGUUGGCUCCAAUGUGUCUGUGUGGGCCACAACAGAGUGCAAUGUACCAACCACACAUGUCCAAAUGGAACCAAAUGUUCCAUCCAUGAUGGCCAGAGGGCAUGUCAUGCUUUACAACCUGUUAAAUGUGCAGUCAUGGGUGGUAGACACUUCAGGAGCUAUGAUGGGCACUUCUUUGACUUUAAUAUGGGAAGCUGCAGUUAAGUUCUCUCCCAGGUUUGUGACAAAGAUGAGUCUUACUCUACUGUUAUGAUCCAGCAAGGAUGGCUGUG